AUGCGAGAUUGGUUUAAUUGUUGUGCUUACGGGAAGGGGAACCACGAUUUGAAGGGUUUAAUUGUAACUUUCUUGACUCUUGCACAACUGGAGAAGCUGAAUAAUGGUACAUUUCAGUAUAUUAUGACUAUGGAGAAUUUCUAUUGCAGCAUGAAGUUGGUUCAUUGUUUGAUUCUUUCUCGCGUAUUCACCAAUGAUCGAGAUUCCAUUAGUUUCAAGAUUUUUGGUUGUGAUAUAUCAUUCAGCCUUGAACACUUUCACAUUAUGUGCGAUUUAAGGAUCACAACACAUAAUAUUGAAAAACUAAUUAAACGAGAGAGUAAGAUUCUGAAGCACUAUUUUAGAAAGUCUAAGGGUGUGACCUUGAAGGACAUUCGAGAGUAUAUGAUACGGAAUCAAAUUAAAAAGGAUGAUGUGAAUUUUAAAUACGUAUGUGAGAGUGAUGAAGAUACUGUGAAGCUUAUGAAAAUUCUUGUUGUGGAGUCUAUUUUGUUCGGAAGAAAGAAUGAAUUAACUGUGUUGGAGGAGUAUGCAGCUAUUGUUGAAGACGAUGAGGCUUGUCUUAAUUAUCUUUGGGGUAAUGCAUCUUAUGAGAAGCUUAUUACCUCAAUGAAAUAUGCUUUGGACAACUACGACAAAAAUAAUUCAACUGAGUAUACUUUAGGCGGAUUUCCAUAUCCAUUAUGUGUUUGGUUCUAA